CGUGUCCUGCUGCCGCGUCCGAGACAACACUCGAAUGUCCAUCGUCGACCUCCUCGGCACGUCGCUCAAGUCGAAGGCUGGCGACGUCGAGACCGCCACCGCGCUCAAGGGAAAGGCCGUCGUCGCUUUGUAUUUCUCAGCGCACUGGUGCCCACCCUGCCGCGGAUUCACGCCGGUGCUCGCCGACAAGUACAAGGCCCUCGUCGGCGAUGGCAAGGCCUUCGAGGUGGUUUUUGUUUCCAGCGACAAGGACGAGGCGUCUUUUGAUGAGUACUAUGCAGAGCAGCCCUGGCUCGCGCUUCCUUUCGGCAGCCGCGACGUCAAGGCCGCGCUUUCCAAGAAGUACAAGGUGUCGGGCAUUCCGUCGCUAGUUUUGCUCGACGGCGACGGCGCGAUCAUCACCAAGGACGGAAGGUCUGCAGUGAUGGAGGGCGAUUUCCCGUUCACACCGCCCACGUUUUGGGACUGCCUGGGCGACGAGUUUCUCAUGCAGGACGGCGACGCCGCCGAGGUGAGCCAGCUCAAGGGGGAGGGCAAGGUGAUCGUCUUGUACUUCUCGGCGCACUGGUGUCCGCCGUGCCGCGGCUUUACGCCCGAGCUCGUCAAGACGGUGGGCAAGCUCAAGGCGGCGGGCAAGGCGUUCGAGAUCAUCUUUGUCAGCUCCGACCGCGACCAGAAGAGCUUCCAAGAGUACUUUGGCAGCAUGGGGCCCCACUUUCUGGCCAUCCCGCAAGGCGACCCGCGCAAGGCCAAGCUGUCGUCCUUCUUCGGCGUCGAGGGCAUCCCGACGCUAGUGACAGUCGACGGCGCGACAGGUGCAACCAUCAACGGCAACGCGAGGGGCGCGUGCGGCGGCGAUCCCGACGGGCUCGCGUUCCCGUGGGCGCCCAAGCCGGUCGUCGAUUUUGCCGACGGCUGCGACGGCAUCAAUGACACGCUCUCCCUCUGCCUCCUCCUGGAGGGCUGCGGUCUAGAGGUGCAGCAGGCGGCGAUAGCCGCGGCGACGCCGCUGGCGGAGGCGGCGAAGGCUUCGCAGGAGGAGCUCUGCUUUUUUGCCGCCACCAAGGUGGAGGGGGGGGCCGUGAGCCAGAUCCGGCAGAUGACCAAGCUGGGCGACGCCGGCAGCGCGCCAGCCAUGAUUCUCCUCGACAUCCCCGACGAAGGUGCGUACUACGUGAGCGACGCGACCGAGGCGACGGCCACGACGAUCCAAGCCUUCCUCGCCGCCUACAAGGCGGGCACGCUCGAUCGCAAGCAGCUGGGCCAGUGAAAACAUCGAUCGAGAGAGUUCGCACGCGCAGAGCCAGAGGCAAGAUUAGUACGGUGUGUUGUUUCUUGUAUGAAAAAGGAAAAGGUAAGAUG